GAGAGAGAGAGAGAGAGAGAGAGAGAGAGAGAGAGAGAUUCAAGCACACCAACAUAAGAUAAGAAGCCGUGAUACAAGCAAACCAGGGACGCACUCUUCCUGGAUACACAUCAAAACGGAAGACUCUGAGCCUGGAUUUAUCACUGAUGCGCAAACACCGGAUUGUGAUGUGGACCUGAAAGAGCGUGAGCAGAAAGUGUGCAAGAUAGAUAGACAGACAGGGAGGGAGAGAGAAAUAAAGAGAGAGAGAGAGUGGGAAACAGAGACGGCAACCAUACAACGGAUUAAUAACGCUGGAUUGUCUGUUGUCCUGCCGAUCCAUCCAUCUCCUGUUACCUAAACGACAGCAUUCAUACCCAGCAAUCACACACCUCCUGUUUUUUUUCUACAUUCUUCUCUUUCUUUCAUCCCUUCAUCAGCAGCAUCAUCUGCAGCGUGAUGAUGUCGGGCGGGGGGUUUGGGUGCUGACGCUUGUACAACAAGACAGGAGCCUCCUCCGUUACACUCUUAGAAAAGAAGGUUCUUGGGUUCAUCCCUCUGGAGAUACCCAUAAAGCUGGAAUGUAGAAGCAGACAAUACAAAGCUGGAAUCAUCUAAAGAACCCAAGCGGAACCCUUUUUUCUAAGAGUGUGUUAGAGUAGACGCGUGUAAAUGCUGCACAAGCGCUUCCUCCACCGAACAGGUUUCUAAAAAGGUGGAGCCUGGAGGAGCUGAGGAUCAGGGCCUGAGAAGCCCUGCACAUCCGAGUCGCUGUGCUCGAGUCGCCCGGCGCGUGAUGGCUGGCGUGGGCCUUCCGCUGUGUCCAUCUCCGAGACGCAGUCGCCGGAGAUCUGCUUGGGAAUAACAACCUCAUUCUCUGGGAGCAGGAUGGUGUGAGCAACAACCCAUCUUCUUUUUUUCUUUCAGUCUCUUUUUUCAGUUUGAGUUGUUGUCACUCGUGCAGCCGUUGACUGACAGGGAUAUUUCCAGUUUAAGCAACGUCUUCCACUCUGGUUUCCGUUCCCUUCCCCUCCCACCACCACCACCACCACCACCACCACCACCACCACCACUACCCAUUCCUGAUCUAUUUUUUUUUCUGUUUCAUUUUCUUUUUCCGAGAUUUGUGGACUUUUGCCAAGCCCUAUUUCAUGCAUGUCCACUGGGGGCAGGUUCAACUUUGACGAUGGGGGGUCAUACUGUGGCGGGUGGGACGAAGGCAAGGCACAUGGCCAUGGCAUCUGCACGGGGCCCAAAGGCCAGGGCGAGUAUGCUGGUGCAUGGAGCCAUGGUUUUGAGGUCCUGGGUGUGUACACAUGGCCCAGUGGCAACACUUUCCAGGGCACGUGGGCCCAGGGCAAGCGCCACGGCAUCGGCGUGGAGAACAAGGGCAAGUGGGUGUACAAGGGAGAGUGGACGAAUGGAUUUAAGGGGCGAUACGGAGUGCGGGAGAGCACCGGGGCCAGUGGCAAGUACGAGGGCACGUGGAACAAUGGGCUGCAGGAUGGAUACGGGACAGAGACCUACUCGGAUGGAGGUACAUACCAGGGCCAGUGGGUGGGUGGCAUGCGGCACGGCUACGGUAUCCGACAGAGUGUCCCUUACGGCAUGGCGGCCGUGAUCCGCUCUCCACUGCGCACCUCCAUAAACUCUCUACGCUCGGAGCACAGUAAUGGCACAGCGGGUACACCAGGCACGGGAGGAGGCAUCAGCCCGGCGGCGUCACGUGGUGGCUUUGUCCUGACAGCUCACAGUGAGGCGGAACUUCUGAAGGCAAAAAAGAAAGGACUGUUCUUUCGGCGCUCGCUGCUCAGUGGCCUGCGUCUGCGCAAGUCAGAGUCAAAAAGCUCGCUAGCCAGCCAACGCAGCAAGCAGAGCUCGUUCCGGAGUGAGGCAGCUAUGAGUACAGUGAGCUCUGCUGCCUCAGAUGUCAACUCCACCAUCAGCCUGGGUGAGGCAGAGGGAGAGCUCCUGCCCACCAGCACCAUCACCAAUGAUGACGGCAAUGACGAUGAUGGCGUGGACGCUACAGCCACCGAGAGCUAUGCGGGCGAGUGGAGGAACGACAAGCGUGCUGGCUGCGGCGUGAGCCGACGCUCCGACGGUCUCUGUUACCAAGGGGAGUGGUUGAGCAACAAGCGCCAUGGCUACGGGUGCACCACAUUUCCUGACGGCACCAAAGAGGAGGGAAAGUACAAGCAUAACGCACUGGUCAGCGGCAAACGCAAGAAUCUGAUCCCGCUACGUGCUAGCAAGAUCCGUGAGAAGGUGGACCGUGCCAUCGAAGGUGCAGAGAAGGCGGCUGAAAUUGCGAAGCAGAAAGCGGAGAUCGCUUCAUCCAGGACGGCCCACGCGAGGGGGAAGGCGGAGGCAGCCAUGAUGGCGGCACAGAAAGCGCAGGAGGAGUGCAGACUGGCCAGAAUCGCAGCUAAAGAGUUCUCACCUACAUUUCAGCAUCGAGGAAACGGAGUGGAGUGUGAGAGGCCAAAGCCACAGCCCUCGAGUGAUAAUGAUGUAGAGAUGAUGUCAAGCGAGACUCCUGACAGCACCGAGCUCUACAUGAAAGGCUCGACUCCUCCAGAGCUCACUCCUGAUGCCAGCCCGGGUCCAAGUCCCACCUCCAAACCUCGGACCCGCCCCAAAAACGCCCGCUUCUUGCGACAGAGUGCCGUGGACGACGAGAGGGGCGGAGCAUCCGAAAUUCAGGUUCUGGUGGAGGGCCGCAGCCAGGGUAGGCCGAGCACCGGGAGCGGAUUAGGGGAGGAAUGCCCGAGAACGGCCAACACCAACGGACACCGGCACUCUUCAUCCAAUCACAAGCCCUCGUCGCGGGACCACGUAUCCUCCAAUCACAAACCGUCGUCACGGGAGAAAUGGGCGGAGUGGACUUCGCACCGGACGCAGACACGGUUGCUCGAGCAGGACGAGGAGAAGCUGAGCAACUACGAGAUGGAGAUGAAGCCGCUGCAACCCAUGGACACAAACUCCCAGAAGCCCUAUGGGCAAGGGGAGGAGCGUCACCGGGGCAAGAACCGGGGCAAAAACCGGGACCGAGAAAGAGACAGGGAGAGAGACAGGGACAGAGAGAAGGAGAGAGACAGAGAGAGAGAGGACGCGGCACGGGCCGGUGUGGAGUCGGUGCAAAAGCUGGACAGUCUACGUGUAGGAGAGAAACUGGAGGCUCGGCCUCUACGCAGGGACCUCAUGCUCUCACCCCCGCAAAAAUCCUCACCCAUUGCACUAGAACACGACAACGAGAAACACACACAGCUCAAAGCCAACUCGGCCUCCAGCUCUAUUCUGGUUGUCAUGGUGAUUUUGCUCAACAUCGGAGUUGCCAUUCUGUUUAUUCACUUUUUUAUUUAAAACUCUUGUUAUUUCCUUUAUUUAUUUUAUUUAUGAGUCAGUUGUGUCUUUAUCCGGCUCUGACCUGAAGGAAGGAAGGAAGGAAGGAAGGAAGGAAGGAAGGAAGAAAGGAAGGAAGGACACAUAAAAGGAAUUUACCGUCAACUCGGGGCUCAACAAAAUUUUUUUCACUACUUCUCCAAAGAAGAAUUUUCUUUAUCAUUAAUGUGUAAAGAUUUGUCAUUGCUACACUCGUUUUUUGACUGCCUUUUUGGCGUUCCUGACUUUUCCAUAGCUUUUUUCUUUGUUUUUUUUUUGUUUGUUUGUUUGGGUUUUUUUGGCUAGUGGACUCGAAUACGUAGUGGCGUGGCUGGGGACAACGAGGUUGUGUGUGAAGUGUCGUGAGCUGGCAGGUAAAGCAUUGUGUCGAUGUCACCGGAUGUCCGAACCCACCGGUCCUCCAUCCCAUCACUCCUUCUGGACCCAGCUUCAUCUUGUCAUUCCUGGUCAAGCUCUGUAGAAUCAGGACAGGUUCUGUUUUGGAGAGCACAAAUAAAUCAGCACAUUUUCACAUCAUGUUUAGGAACAGAAACAAACUCAAACCAGAAGCUCAUUUGACCUCCAUGUUAAUCUGAGCGCUUUCUCUCUGAUGCUAGCGCUCAGAUUAGCAUGAAGGUCAAAUUAGAUAUCGGUUUAAAAACAUAAUCCAGGAUUUUACACUCAAAUAAAAAUCAGCUGUGUUUAAAACAGACCAGGAUCGAGUCCGUUUGGAGCUCGGUGCUGCAGUUAGGAGAACGUUUACGGGUUUAAAAUAUUUCAUGACAGUUCCGAAAGCUAAAGCUGCAAUUCAACAUAAUACACACAAAGUUGUUGAUUAUAUAAAAAAAAAUCAAAUAACAAAUUUCACACAAUGAAACUCUUCUGCUAUAAAUGAUCAGUACAACAACAUCGGGGUAAAAUGAACAUUUGUUUUAUUGGCUAGCGGUCGUUAUAAAUCAGGGGUCUCGUUUGUCAUGUUUAUGGGCAUGUGGUAGCCUAGCAUUUAAGGUGUUGGGCUACCUAUCGGAAGGUUGUGAGUUCGAUCCCAGGUCCACCGAGCUGCCCUUAAACCUCAAAUACUCGGUUGUAUUUAAAAAAAAUAAAAAAUAGAUAAUGUAAGUCGCUGGAAAUGUAAAGGUUUAGGAUUUAUUUGCAAGAAACUCAGAACUCAUGGAAAAAAAAUAGUCAUUUAUUACGUUUGCAUUUACACAGAAAUGGAUGUUUGUUAAUUCUACACAUUCUGGACAUGACUAUGCUAAUUUGCAUAAAGAAACUCCCCAGAAUCACCAUAUAUGGUAAAGUGGUUUCUCCAAGAAAUAAAUAUUUUCUAUAUAUCAUUUUUUAUAGUAUUUAAGAUAUUAUACUUCUAUAAUAUUUUUUUUAGUUCCAUAUACAUUUAGAAAACCUGCAAUGGUGUGAAAAUCCCAACUAAAUCAUACUUAAUGCCAGUUGAUCUGUCAUUUCACCGUUCCGCCACUAGGGGGUAUCUGCAUACCGGGCCAGAAUUGUGCGUAAAUAUAAUGUUCACGUUUGUACAGAAAAGUGUGUUCACACGGCUGAUAAACCAGACUUUACCAGCAUUACUAGCAAGUUUAUUUUAAAUAUUUUCAGAGAAACUGUCAUCAAGAUAUUUUAUUUCCUACAGUGAUCCAUAUCUGUUUGGUGGAUCUGGUUAAACUGGCUGUUUGACGCUCAUGAGAUUUUAUUCACCGUAUUUCCAUCUGCCCCAGAAUUUUUGUAACCUAAAAAUCUGGGCUUUAAAAUAAGACUAUGUUUCAUUUCUAAUCCACGUCAUUAUCUAGACUAUAUCGAUGAUGUUUCUGAGAGCAGACUUAUUCGCACGGUCCAUACGUUUUUCCGUAAACGUUCACAAAAGGACGUUGGAUGAAGUUGGAUGAAGGCUAACACACGAUCUCCUGUAAAGGUAUUAAAUCCAGACAGGGUGCCAUUACUUAUCGAUGCAGGUCAGCAGCACCCACUUCACCACACACCCGACGAGCCGCUGCGGUCGACCUGAGCGUCAGAGACUGUUAACCUUUUGGUUUUUCUUUAUUUGUUUGUUGGUUGUUGUUUUUUUUUUCUCCUUAAAAAAAAUCUGCUGCUUUCAAAAUAAAUAUUUAUUGAAAAAUGAUUUAAAAGUAAAAAGAAGAAGAUUUUCUAGCUAUUUGCGAGAUGUCUGGAAAAAUGCCGACUGCCUUGUUUUUUUAAAGAGACCGAUUUGCAUGCUGACGUAUGGUUUAGUUUUGUAAAGCUACAUUCUGAGACAAAUAAGGAUAUAAAAGUCUUCUAGUUUUGGAAGCAGUACACGGUUGCUUUUUAUUUUUAUUUAUUCAUUUAUUUGUGGAAGUUCUUUUUUUCUUAAACCCCGACCACACACUCUGGUGACGUCUUUCCAAAAAAAAACCAACAACAAAAAAAAAUCAUCGUUCAGAAGGACCCAAACACCUGAGAUGAACUCCUCAUCGAACCAAAAGGGAAUAAAACACUCGAAGAGAUGCGUCCGCUUUAUUUUUUUCUAUCCGGCUCACAGAACUCAUAGACACUGAGCUGUGUGUGGUUUUUUAUAGCAUGUGUGUGUGGGGCCUGUAUCUCCCACCUGAGUCACUGAUCGCUCACAGUCUGUGCUCUCGCCCUUUAUCUCUUUUACUCUCUUCUCCCACCACGUUUUUUAAAAAGAAAACAAAAAGAAGAAAAAAAAAAUGUGAAAAUGGUAAAUGAAAGGAACGGAAGGAAAAAAAAGUGGCAGCCAAACCUGUAGAAAUCCAGUGCUGGGUUUAACGUGUCCUCGGCCUCCAGUGUGACUUUAAUAACAGCACUUUGUUACUUUCUUUAAAGGCAGGGUCUCUGAUUUUUUAAAGCCAAUGUUGACAUUUGAAAUCACCAAAACAAACACGCCCCUAACCCAAACGGGUCCCACCCCUGUAUCGAUAGCUCCGCCCACACAUACAUACGUAACCCGGGCGACUAACAGAAAGAAA